AUGGCCUCUCCUGCUAAGGAUUUUUCUACCCCAACUACUGAAAAGACUCUCGAAGCAAGAGAAAGCUUUGUUGCACCAGAGAUAACACAUGCCAUUUUGCUUUCUAUUGUCCCACCUAUCCAUGCAAUUGUAGACAAACCAGUCACCAAAUCAAGCCCAUCUGUCCCUACAAAUACCUUGCAUGCUUCCCCAAGCAUUGAGAUGAAUGUACCCCCUCCAAAGGAGCCUGCAAAACAAAAUAAGAAAAGAGUACCCAAAAAUGUUGCUGUAAUUCCUUCUAACAAUGAGGAGUGUGAUGAACCAAACCCUCCUCCCAAAGCCAGGAAGCCCACGCCAAAGAGGAGGAAGGCUACCCCUAAAAAACCAUCUACAGAGCCUUUUGUACAAACUCCUCCCACUGCUAAAAACCCUCAAGGAGAAGCCUCAGAUCCACAAGAGGGUACCCCCAAGCCUAAUAGAAAGAGGGCUUCUAUUAAGAAAGCUACUCUUGUAGCUGCUACAUCAUCUAAACAAAUCCUUGCUAUAGAGAAACCCUCCCCCAUUGUAAAAAAUUGA